CUAUUAAUGAAUCUGAAACUAAAGAUGGUCAAAAGCUUCUUUUGUUUAAACAUCAAACGGAUUUAGAAAGUGGUCAAAUGGAUGAAAGAAAUCUUUGUAAAUCAGUUAUUUCAAAGAUCAUCUACAACUUUUGGACACACUUUGCAAAAGAGUUUGAAGGGAUCAAUCAUUUGUGGAAGGAAAAGAAAAAACAUAGGCUUGUUGAAUGUUUAACUAAUAUUUUAGUUCAAUAUGAUUUAUCAUGGCAAAUAUCUCAUAAUGAUAGCAAAAGGUCAAUAUUGAUUAGAAUGCCAUAUCAUCCCUUCAAUGUGGCUAAAAGGAGAAGAUUAAUUGCACAUAAGAAGGAAGAAAGGCGCAAAAACGAUGAAGAUCCUCUAUCUGAUCGCACAUCACUACUUAUAGCAGCUAAAACUGGAAUUGUAGAAAUUGUUGAAAACUUCCUUGAUGUGCAUCCUGAGGCUAUUUCUCAUGUUAAUGAGGAUGGACAGAACAUAUUGAACAUGGCCGUUAGGUAUCGUCAGAAGAAAAUCCUUCAAAUCUUACAAAGAAAAGGUGCACUUGAAUUAUUGGCUCCUCAAAUUACAAUCAAAGGUCGUACUAUAUUGCACGAAAUUGCAAGGAUGGAUUACUACAAAGCAGCACAUUUAGCUGGAGUGGCAUUUCAACUCCAAGAUGAGUUACGUUGGUAUGAUAAAGUGAGAAGAAUAAUUCCCGAACACUACAACAUGCAUUGUGACAUAGAUGGGCACACACCAGAAGAUAUGUUAGAAAAUGAGCAUGAUGGAAUGCUUAAAGAGGCACAACAAUGGUUAAAAGAAACAGCUCAAUCAUGCUCAACUGUUGCUAUUCUAGUUGCUACAGUUGUAUUUGCUGCAGCCUACACCAUUCCUGGGGGAACUGAAAAUGGUACUCCCGUAUUUCUUCAUUCUCAUGUUUUUCUCUUUUUUACCAUCAUGGAUGUUGUGGCUCUUGCUACCUCACUAGCUUCAGUGGUGGUGUUUCUUUCCAUCCUCACUUCCCCAUGCGAGUUGUGGGAUUUUCACAAGUCUCUACCACGAAAACUAAACUUGGGAUUUGCUUUGCUGUUCUUAUCAUUGUUGACAACAAUGUUGGCAUUUAGCGCGACCAUGUUGCUAACCAUUCGUUUGGAAUGGAAGAAUUGGACCUCAACAUUGAUAUAUAGUGCUGCUUUCUUUCCUGUCACCAUAUUUGCAAUGAUUCAAUUUCCUGUUUAUGUGAUGACUCAAAACAUUGUCAAGACACUUUGGAAGCAAAUCCAGAGGGUACUUCCAAAAAGAGUGAUUAAAUGUUUCAUGAAUUGCGUUUGAUGCUCCUAGUAUUGAGUGUGGAAGAAUGCAUUGAAGAAUGUGAGGUUUUUUUUCCUGAGUGUGGAAGAAUGGAUCAAAGAAUGUGAAAGGCUUUUUUUUUUUUUAUUGAGUGUGGAAGAAUGCAUCAAAGAAUUUGAAAAGCUUUUUUUUUUUCAAUUUCAGUUUGGACAUUGAUGACGGGUUUGGAUUAUGUAAUUUCAAUUAAAUAGUUAAUAAUGUAUGAACAUUUUGGAGUUAUGAAAAUAUGCAAGUGAUGAAUACAUAAGUUUACUGAUUAACUAGCAAGCUUGGUUAUGGGUGGCAAAGCUUAUUUAGGACGGUGAAUUUAUGUGUUAUGAUAUGAAUGAUAAAUUUUU